AAGAAGAAGAAGAAGCCAUAGAGCGGUGCCGGCGGGAGGCAGAGCGGAGCGGUGGCCGGAGCGGGGCGCGGUGCGGACCAUGGGCUGGCGGCUGCUGCUGCUGGCCCUGGCGCUGGGCGGCCGCGUCGCCGCCGCGCAGAACGACACGGAGCCCAUCGUGCUGGAGGGCAAGUGCCUGGUGGUGUGCGACUCCAACCCGGCCCCCGACGCCAAGGGCUCGUCCUCCUCGCCGCUGGGCAUCUCCGUGCGGGCGGCCAACUCCAAGGUGGCUUUCUCGGCCGUGCGGAGCACCAACCACGAGCCCUCCGAGAUGAGCAACAAGACGCGCAUCAUCUACUUCGACCAGAUCCUUGUAAAUGUGGGCAAUUUCUUCACGUUGGAGUCUGUCUUUGUAUCACCACGGAAAGGAAUUUACAGUUUCAAUUUUCACGUAAUUAAAGUCUACCAGAGUCAAACAAUUCAGGUGAAUUUGAUGCUGAAUGGGAAGCCAGUGAUCUCUGCUUUCGCUGGGGACAAGGACGUCACCCGUGAAGCCGCCACCAACGGGGUCCUGCUGUACCUGGACAAGGAGGACAAGGUUUACCUGAAGCUGGAGAAGGGAAACCUGGUUGGUGGAUGGCAGUACUCCACAUUCUCUGGCUUCUUGGUCUUCCCCCUGUAAAUCAGUUUUCCCGUGGUGUCCAUCCCGGUGUGGACUCAUCCUCGCCUCCGCUCCACGAAGAUCGUUUUGCCACCAUGGAGUGAUGGUUCCUUAUUGCUUUCUCAUGGGUGGUUUUGGAUUCUCUCCAUGGAUUCUGGCCCCAUCUGAACCACUCAGAAGUUCCACAGAAUUUUGUGUGUCCAAUAUCUUUGGCCUGAGACUAAAGCAGACAAUAAAUAUCAACGCUUAAGGUUUCAGCCUAAAGCUGCCUGCAAGAUUUAUCCCAACUUCACUUCCUGGAUUCGGGGAAGAAGUGGAUUUCCUUUACCUGUGAAAAGACUGGCACUGAGUCUUUCAUGUAGGAGAGUUUGAGUUCAGACUUCAAGCAGGAGUUAGUGUGUUGCUGCCAAAGAGUUGUGUGUUGAUAUAUUGAUAUAUUGGUCAUGUUUCUGUCCUGGGCACUGCCACCACCCAUCCCACUGUCUUAGAGAGGUCAUUCAGAUCCUGAGUGGCUGGCUUGAGCUCUCCUCUGCGUGUUGUGUGUUGGAUGGUUCUCCCAAAUAUUUCAGCUCAGCCCCAGCCAAGUCCAGCCUCCAUGAGCUGAGGGGUCAUGGAUGUGCUCUGGUUGGGUAUGGAAGGGGUUCCUCUUUUCCACGUGCUGGUUCCUAAAAGGAAAAGCAGAUUCUACCCAUUCAGGGUUACAGGUGGGCGUGCAGGCACAGCUUUGCCAAACAGCUUUGCCCUGCAGGACACCUCACACUUGUUCUUCAAUUUAAUUAACUUGAUUGAUAAUUACUGCUUUAUUCAGCUCCUGAGGGAUUCCUUCCUUAGACACAACCACUUUGUCAGCUGGAGAUGAGAUCCCCCUUGUUUGUAUUUCUGUGUAUUUCCCAACCCUUCUGUUGUGUUAAAGGUCUUUUCUGGUUUUGCCUUAACUCCACAGGUGUAUAAAAUUUUAGAUUAUUUGUUUCACAAAUAUGAAAGGCAAAUAACUGGUACCUAACUGGGUACAAAAGCUUCCCAGCUUUUUGUACAGAUCAUGUGAAUUCAUAAACUUAUUUAUUAUCUCAUUGUUCCAUAAUAAAGAUUAACAUAUAUUAGCUGAAUUUUUGACCUUUGGAUUUUGGGAGUUGCUUCAUACUAUUUUUUUAUUGGAUAUAAUUAUUAUAUGCAAAAUGGAAGCUUUUGGGAUUCACAGAAAAUAUCCCAGGAGGCAGAAAAGCUGCCAUGAGUUAGUUAGCAAUCAGAGUGAUCUAGAAAUAACCUAUGCAUUUUAUUUAAAAAUAGAAUUUAGGCAGAAAUCCUGGCCUCACUGAAGUUGGUGUUAAGAAUCACAUUGAUUCCAAAGGAUUUUGGAUGAAACCUCUGCUUUAGGUUCUGCCAUCAGCAUCAAAUUCCAGUGCCAUCAGAUUGAUAUAUUCAAUAUUCAAUAUUCAAUAAAAUGAUUUUCACGUGAGCUGCUAACAAAACCUUCAUCCCCUGUGCCCCAAAUACCCUGAAUUGAUGGAUCUUUGUGCCUUGCAUAUCAUGAAGGAUGUGGUUCUGAAUUAAAAAUUCUGUGUACUUGAAAACGUGUGUGGGUGGAAGCAUCUGCAGCAGCCUGGGAGCUUCCCUGGAAGCCACUUUGGGCUGGGAUUUUUGGGAUCUGUCUCCAAUUCCUUCCCUUGCUGUGCUGUUGGUGUUCUGGUGACUGGAAAUCUGGUCGGUGGCUGCUUGCUGCUCCAGGUGAGGAUAUCAGAGGUGGCACAGCUUUGUGCCCAAAUUCCUGAUUUCUUCACCCACCACAAGAGAUUUUGGGCUGUUUCUGGAGGGUUGAGGGUACUUUGCACUCCUGUAAGACAGCUAGGAGAUGAUUUUUUUACACAGUUUUGUUCCUGUACUGAGCACUGCAGCUGGGGAAGAAGUGGAAGGAGCUGGCAAGAAGGUGAAAUGUUCACAUUGCUGAAAAAUCUUAAAAAGUUGUGAUGACCAAUCAAAACGUGUUACUGCUGUACCCCCAGAUGUGUGUAUAUAAAUAUAUGUAUAUCUAAACCACCUGGAACUGCAGAUCAUAGUUUGCAUGAUGUUACAAAGAGGUUACUUGUCCUAAGAGUUUAUUUCAGAUGGAAGCAUUGGUAUUUUGUAUAAAACUGGUCAAAUCUGCCAUCUCCCCCUGCCCAUGGAUAUAUCUGUAAUGUAAAAGAAAUGUUGCUAC